CUUUCGUGUCAAUUUUCAUAUAACGAAUUCGUCGCGAUAAAGCGUCUAAGUUUAAUUCUAAAAACUCGACUUCUAAAGACUCGUUUGUUCGUGCAAACGUGUUUGUGGAAUACUAUUUCGUCAGUAUAAGUUGCAAAACUUUCGGAUCAUACGAGUAUAAAUAUUGUCACAACUUAACAGCUUGAAACGCCAUAUUACACACUAAAAAAAUUGGGGAAUUCAACUCGAAUUGAGGAAAAUACGAGCAAAAGGUGCUGCGUGAGAAAUCGAACAAAAAAAUAUAAGCUGAAGGUGCUGCAUGAAACGAAUGCGGAUGAUAUGUGGGAUGGGUGACUGAGCGGAGCGACGAAAGCGCGCAUGCGCGAACGGACAAGCGAUAGGCGGAGUAGACAUCGAAUAUGCAUCGAGCAGAGAUAACUUUUGUGUUUAUCCGGUUUAUCGUGAGUCAGCUCGUUCGGGAAUCAUUCGAGCGAUCAAUCCUACAGAUAUAUCUCAAGAUUUCACACGAAAUCGCUCAUCGCUGCUUAUAAAAACAGGAAUCAUAACCGUAACGAAGAAUAUAUCAGAAGAUUUAAAUAUUGUUAAUUUUAAUUCUCUGGCCUUCAACUCACGCUGUAAACUCAUACCAUAAGCGAUUGGAAAAUUAUUUCACCAUUUACCUAACUUGCGAGCAUUGCUUUCAAUUUUAUUUUGGCCGCUAAUCAAAUAUUCAUCACAAUAUCGUAAAAUGGUGCAACAAGAGGCUGUGGUCGUAAGGAAAGCCGUAAAGCGUUAUGGAAAAGAGUUGGUGUUCAAUGGCCUGAAUAUGACUGUUUCAAAAGGUUCCAUAUACGGAUUGUUGGGAUCUAGUGGAUGUGGCAAAACCACACUAUUGUCCUGCAUCGUCGGGGUUCGGUAUCUUGAUAGCGGAGAAGUGUGGGUCUUGGGAGGAAAUCCGGGCAACAAGGGCUCUGGCAUCCCUGGACCUCGAGUAGGUUACAUGCCGCAAGAGGUUUCCUUGGUUGAAGAGUUUUCCAUGAGCAAUGCCUUCUAUUACUUCGGUAGAAUUAAUGGGCUCGACGAUGAGGAGAUCGAGACGAGACAGCGAUUCUUCUCGGAGUUGCUUCAACUACCCCCAGCAGAUCAUCUAGUGAAGAACAUGAGUGGAGGUCAGCAAAGAAGAGUUUCUCUUGCCGCCGCAUUAAUUCACAAACCCGAACUUCUAAUUCUCGACGAACCCACUGUGGGCUUGGAUCCAAUUUUGAGAGAGAAAAUUUGGGCCUACAUGAUUCAGAUCACGCAGGAAGAAAAUAUCACAGUGCUGAUCACGACACACUACAUUGAAGAAACUAAAGAUGCUAAUAAAAUUGGUUUGAUCAGAUGUGGUAAAUUGUUAGCGGAAUCUGUGCCACAAGAAUUGCUGGAGCAAUUUGAAUGCUCGUCUUUGGAAGAAGCUUUUCUGAAAUUAUGUAAUGUCCAAAAUAACACAAUCACUUUGAAUGAAGCUCGAGAAGUGGAAGACACCAGCAGUGAUGUCUUGUAUAAAGAUCAAAAUCAAUGUGAAUUAACAAAAGCAAUGUCAGAGUACGAAGCAAUUUCGGAACGUCAAGUUUCACGAUUGAGAAGGUUCAAAGCUCUAUUAGCGAAGAAUGGCAUCCAAUUUUUGCGUUAUUAUACAGGACUAGUUUUCGCAGUAGUAUUUCCUAUACUUCAAAUCGGCGUAUUUGUUAUGGCAAUUGGUGAUAAUCCGAAAAAUUUGAAGAUUGGCAUCGUUAACAAUGAAGUCAAUAACUGCAGUUUGGAUAGCAACUUUGGCAAUGUUUGGAGUGAUGAAGUCACUUGCCAUUUUGACAACCUCAGUUGUAGAUUUUUGCAUUAUUUUGACAACUCUAUCGCAAUACAGGAGUACUAUGACAACAUUUCCGAGGCAAAACAGGCUGUACAAAAUGCGAAGCUCAGUGGUUUGAUAUAUUUUAGUCAAAACUUCUCCGAAGCUUUGCAGAUACGCGUGGAAGAAGCCAAUUCCGCGAAAGAUUCCGAUUUGCUCGCCAGCCAAAUUCAAGUUUUUCUCGAUAUGGGCGAUAUGCAAAUUGGACUUUAUAUACAGCAGAAAUUAUUCAAGCGUUUCUUAGAGAUUUAUGAAGAUAUCAUGAGAGAUUGCAAAUAUUCGCCAAAAUUAGCCCAUCCACCUAUCAAAUUUGAAGAACCUAUUUAUGGUACGACCGAUUUGAAGUAUUCAGAUUACAUAGCACCAAGUUACAUGUUAGGACUCAGCUUCUUUUUAGCCGCCACAGUUUCUACCACUUUAAUAAAUACAGAUCGGAUGGAGGGUGUCUGGGAUCGAAGCGUAGUUCAAGGGGUCAGAACAGAAGAAAUUCUGCUGUCUCACGUUCUUCUUCAGAGCGUCGUCAUUAUCAUCCAUACAGCUAUGAUAACGCUCUUAGUAUUUCCUAUAUGGGGCCUAGAAUGUAAAGGAUCGAUAUUAAUAGUAAUGGUCCUCAUGUUUCUCUCGGGUUUUUGCGGAUUAAUGUACGGUUUUAUUAUCUCUGUUACAUGCAAAAAUCACACUGUAGCGAAUUAUACUUCGGCCGGAAGUUUUUUCGUGUUAAUAUUGCUCAACGGAUGUCUAUGGCCAGUGGAGGGAAUGCCAAAAGUGCUGCGCUGGUUUAAUUAUGCAUUGCCAACUAUUUUGCCCUCUACAUCAUUGAGAGAAAUCAUCUACAAGGGAUAUUCCAUAUCUAAACCACAAAUUUAUAAUGGCUUUCUAAUAAUUGUAGGGUGGUCAUUAUUGUUUCUUAUCGUAACUAUAUUUCGUGUAAGAUCGAAGUCUUUUUGA